AUGAGGGGGUUGCGGUUUGAGCGUCGCUGGGCAGGUGUGUGUACGUGUGUUGGGGGUUGUACAAGGGGGCGUAUUGGGGAGGGUGUGGGAGUGUGGGAGUGUGCGUCUGUGACCCAUACCUACACCUAUUCCUCCGUCCAUCCAUCCGUCUUUUAUCCCACCACCACCACCACCACCACCACCACCACCACCACCAUGUAG